UGAAAAUAAAUCAUAGAAACGGACACACUCUGUCAUGAAACUAAGACGCACUACACACCGAACGAACGAACGAGCGAAGACCGACACCUAAAUCCUGCGAUUUCCCUUUCCUCUUUCUCCGAUCCAUUGUUGAUCUCGAAUAAUUGCUGAUAGUUUGAGAGGUCUAAUUACUUCGAUUAAGCAAUUCUUGACUCUGGAUUGGAAUUGCAGCAUAACUAUAUAUUUAGAGAAGCAAACUACUGUGCAGACUCUCUUGCAAACUUGGCUAGAACGAUGGCUAUUGGGACUCAGGUUCAUAAUCAACCUCCUGCAGAAGUCCUAUCUUGGUUGCUUCAUGAUAGUUGUGGGAUAUCAUAUCCUAGGUUUUGUAGUUAGUUUUUCCCUUUGAGCUAAUUUCUAAUACCUUUUGUAAUAUUUUUUUAAUCCAGUUCUAGAAUCUCAUUUCUUUAGCUUUCUCUUUUAGCCUUUGUGUUUGAUUCCCGAGAAAUUUGUCGGUAAAAUCAGAAAAGAAAAUCGGGGUUUGCGUUGGUUUGAUUAUAGGAGUUGGAUUUGCAUAGAUUGGUCUGUUCAUUGAUGGUGAUGGGCGAUGUUGAGGAUGCAGAUUUUAUUAGUGAUCUGCCUCAAAGCAUUGUAGAAAGCAUUUUAAUUCGAUUACCCAUUAGAGAUGCUGUAAAAACCAGCAUUUUAUCUACCAAAUGGAGGUAUAGAUGGGCUACAAUUACUCACCUUGUUUUCGAUGAUAAAUGUGUCGCAAUAUAUAAUGAUAAAGGGGUUCUUGAGAAAAGUCUUAUCAACUUUAUCACCAGGGCACUCUUUCUUCAUCAAGGACCCAUUCACAAAUUCCAGCUUUCUACUUCUUAUUUGCAGUGUUGCCCAGAUAUUGAUCAAUGGUUACUUUUUCUUUCCCGGUGUCAUAUUAAAGAGCUUGUUCUUGAAUUAGGGGAAGGAGAAUGGUUUAGAGUGCCUUCAUGUCUUUUCAAUUGUGAGAAAUUGACCCGUCUGGAGUUGACCCGUUGCGAAUUUGAUCCACCUUCUAGUUUUAAAGGAUUCCUGUGUUUGAAAAGUCUCAAUCUUUAUCAAGUUUUGGUUGCUCCUGAUGCAAUUGAGGGUCUCAUUUCCGGUUGCCCUCUCCUUGAGAGUCUUUCACUGUCAUAUUUUGAUAGUUUAGUCCUUAACAUAAACGCUCCAAAUUUGAAGUAUUUGUGUUUGGAGGGUGAAUUCAAGGAUAUUUGUCUUGAAAAUACACCACUUUUAGUUGCCAUGUCAGUUGCUAUGUAUAUCACGGAUGAUAUUGCUGAACACUUUGAGCAAAGUUCAAAUUGCAAUUUUAUCAAGUUUCUUGGUGGCGUGCCUCGUCUUGAGAGGCUUAUUGGGCAUAUCUACUUCACAAAGUAUUUGAGCAUAGGUGAUUCCCCGAGAAAACUUCCAAUUACUUAUAAUCACUUGAAAACAAUUGAAUUAUAUCAAGUUAGCUUCGAAGAUAUGAAGGAGAUACUUGUUGUUCUUCACUUGAUCAUGAACUCUCCAAAUCUGAAAGAACUACAAAUUUCGGGCUCCUCAAACACUUUGGCUGCUAUAGAAGCACCUGAUUUAGAUUUUUGGAUAAAAGAUUGCCCCAAAGACUGUACUUUUGAAAAACUCAGAGUUGUAAAGAUGACAGAUAUGUCUGGCGUGCCACAUGAAAUGGAAUUUAUGAAAUUUUUGCUUGCAAAUUCACCCAUGCUUGAGAUGAUGAGUAUUGCACCUUCUGUAUAUGUCAUGGAUGGAAGAUUGAAUAUGCUGAUCGAGUUGUUGAGAUUUAGGCGUGCUUCCGCUCAAGCUGAAAUUCUAUUUAUUCAAGAUUAAGUAUUGUACAUUGUAAAGUUUCUUCUCCUCUUUUGUUUUUGCUUUAUUCUUUAUCUGGAGAUGGGCUUGCAGUUGGUUUUGUUUGUAUCAGAUAAUUCUGAAACCAAUGUAUCUUCAGCUAUACUUUUGACAUGGAUGCAUUUGCCAAUUCUUUGAAGUUUUAAUACAGCUCUUGCAGUCCACACUAAA